AUGAUGAUGGCUAUUUUCUGUCAGCACAAACAGAAAGGAUCUAUUCUGGACCAGGUACAACAGUUAUCACUGGAUAUUUUUGAUGUGGGAAGUCAAAUAGGUCAGGGCUGUAAUGCUGCUGUGUACAAAGCCAGGUUCAAAUCCCCGGAAUUUGAAGAAUUCGUACAGCCAAACUACCCUGCAGAUGAUGAGGUCAAUGAUGUUGAUGACUCCAGCAGCAUUAUCUCCCUUGACACAGACAGUGAUAUUGUUAUCCUUGGUGAUGACGAUGAACUCUCUGACCAUGAGGACAUUGAUGAUGACCUUGUCAUUCUUCCACAAGGAAAUGACCUUGACAGUGAUGCCAUCACAGAUGACCGCAGGAAUAACAAUGAUGAUGAUGAUGAUGAUAUUGUUAUCCUUGGUGAUCUCUCUGACCAUGACAAUGACUCACCCAGUGAUUCUACAGUAGGUUCAGAGAGACAAGGGGAGACAACUCUGCCAGAUUCUGAAGCUAGCCAGCUGGGACAACAGGAGGACUAUAACCUGGCUAUAAAAAUGAUGUAUAACUAUGACAUUGAGUCAAACACUGAUGCCAUCAUGCGUGCCAUGCUGAAGGAAGCUGUCCCAGCUAGGAUGUUGACUGUUAAUCAGGAUGAUAACCAGCUCUGGCAAAAUAGGAAUCGAGUACGUCUGAAAUCCUUACCAGGUCACCCCAAUAUUGUGGAGAUGUUGGGCGUGUUUGUCGACCCUUUACCUGACCUGCCUGGUGCAUUGGAUAACUACCCGGCCGCUCUCCCCAAAAGACUUAACCCUCAAGGCCUGGGUCGUAACCAGACCAUGUUCAUUGUGAUGAAAAAGUAUGAUCAGACUCUGAGACAGUUUUUAGAGCUGGAGGAGUUAUCUGCCCAUACCAGGUGUCUUCUCCUCUGCCAGCUGCUAGAGGGCACUGUCCAUCUGAGACAACAUGGCAUCGCACACAGGGACCUGAAGAGUGAUAACAUUUUACUGGACUGUAACAAUGACACUACUCCCCACCUUGUGAUCAGUGACUUCGGAUGCUGUUUAGCCGAUAGUGAGAACGGAUUACAUCUUCCGUACCCUACUGAUGAAAUUAACAAAGGCGGAAACGGAGCCUUGAUGCCACCGGAGAUAUCCUGUACAGAGCCCGGACGUAAUGUAAAGUUGGAUUACAGUAAAUCAGACCUCUGGGCAGUUGGAUCACUUGCCUAUGAAGUGUUUGGCCAAGACAACCCAUUCUAUGGCGGUUUAAGAAUCACAAGGAAACUUGACGGGAGAACAUACCAGGACGAUGAGAUUCCAUCGAUGUUGGGUGACGUCCCUGAUGUUGUCAAGUUCCUCGUUCCUAGGAUGCUUCGUCGCAAUCCAGCUCAGCGACCAGAGCCGGAAAUGGUGGCAAAUAUUCUCCAGAUAUACCUACACUUCCCAGAAUGGCUGCGUCCUGGAAACCGACCAUCAAAAAAACACAUCACUGAAAGUUUGAUGAUACUUGUAACACAGAUGUUGAUUGGCUGGAAAUCAAGAGGUGAAAGGUCAUUUACAGUCAAGGAACAACUACAGUUGACCUUUCUAAGGAGAUUGAUUAUCUCUGAUUUAGUUGAGGCAGUGGCAUAUUACCACGGAAACUGACUUGGAAAAUGCUUUGAACCGUGAUAUUUUGUGAUUUCAACCAGAAAGAUUUCUCCAUCAUGUGUGAAGGAUGAACAAUUUACUUUUCUGUUUUCAAUGUUUUUAGAAUUAUUUGUAACUGUGAUAGACUCCUUGUUUUUUCUUCAGUUUAUUUUUCAGUUGCUCUGUACAGCUGUAUAAACAAUGUUUUGGGGUGAUUCAUUUCAGUGAUGACAGUUCAUCAAACGAUCAAGACUGAUAAAAUUGUUGAAACAAAGUUAAUAUAUAAAAACAGCUUGGAAUAAAAAAUAAGGAUUCGAUUUUGCUCAAAGAAUGAUGUAGAAAACAUUAUUUAAAGUUAUUACAGUCAGCAAUAUUAUUUUAUUGAUACCCUAUUUGGUCUUGAAUUUUUAGAACCUUUUUUGUAUAUUCAAACCUGCAUGUUAUUUUGCUGUUAAUUAAGUCUUCUAAUUUGAACUGAAGCCUCUAGUUUAUUUUUACUGUAAACAGUAUUGGAAAAUAAACAAGAAAUUGUUGAUCUUAAAAAAA